AAGGCUGUGUUCGCUAUUUACUGAAGUUUGAGAACACGGCGUUCCGUAGUUACGUCAGCACAUAGAACUCGUCAGAGUGGCAAGAUGGCUACCGAACCAAAUAAGACCGAAAUUCUUACCAUUUUCAAACGAUUAAGAUCGAUUCCCACAAACAAGGCGUGUUUUGACUGCGCUGCCAAAAACCCGAGCUGGGCCAGCAUUUCACACGGAGUGUUCUUGUGCAUCGACUGCUCUGGAAUCCACCGCUCGCUGGGAGUUCACCUCAGCUUCAUCAGAUCCACGGAGUUGGACUCCAACUGGAACUGGUUCCAGCUUCGGUGCAUGCAGGUCGGAGGGAACGCUAAUGCGACGGCUUUCUUCCGUCAACAUGGCUGCUCCACCAAGGACACCAACGCCAAGUAUAACAGCCGCGCAGCCCAGAUGUACCGGGAGAAGAUCCGGCAGCUGGCGAACGCUGCUCUGUCCAAGUACGGCACAGAGCUGUGGAUCGAUUCUCCUGCAGGAGGACCCCCCCCAACUCCAGACAAGAAAGACACAGACUUUUUUGCUGAGCUCACACAGGCUGACUGGAACAUUGCGCCCCCUGCUGAGACAGAGCAGAAUGGAGGAGCCAUCACCCCACAGCUGAUGGAUGCGUCUUCCAAAGCCCAGGAUGAUGGACAGCCAGAGGAUGGGCCCAGCAUCGACGGGCUCAGCACGUCGCCCAAAGCUUCCCUCGAUGUGAAGUCCUCCAUCAUCGGAAAGAAGAAGCCCAUGGCUGCCAAGAAAGGGCUCGGGGCAAAGAAAGGUCUGGGUGCCCAGAAGGUGAGCAGUAAGAGCUUCUCUGAGGUGGAGAAACAGGCUCAGGUGGCUGAGAAGCUGAGGGAGGAGCAGGCUGCCGUGGCCAAGAAGCAAGCCGAGGAGUCCAUAGUGACCUCCAUGCGUUUGGCCUACAAAGAGCUGGAGAUCGACAGGAAGAUGGAGGAGAAGAAGCUUCAGAACCUGGAGGGGAAGAAGAGGGAGCAGGCGGAGCGGCUGGGCAUGGGCUUCGGGAACAGGAGCGCCGUGUCUCACUCCGUGAUGUCAGAGAUGCAGGUGAUCGAGCAAGAAACACCCGUUGGAGCCAAGUCCUCCUCUCGCUCCAAACUGGACAUGUUCGACGAGCCAGGCUUCACCUCCGGACCGCCCAAGUACAAGGACAACCCGUUCACGGUGGGGGACUCCUUUGGAUCCAGGUGGGACUCUGAGGGAGGAACCGCCUCCUUCACCGCCUCCUGGGCGCUGGAGAAGGAGGACCCUAAAGAGGAGGUCACCAUUUCAAGCAUUCAGCCAGUUGGAGAGAGACUCCCCAGCAGGAGAAAAGCCGAGGUGUCUGCUCCGGCGUCAGAGUCCAGCAAGGCCAGGCAGAAGUUCGCCAACGCCAAGGCCAUCUCCUCUGACAUGUUCUUUGGCCGUGAGAGCAGCGCCGAGUAUGAGGCCAAAACCCGGCUGGAGAGUUUGUCUGGAAGCACCUCCAUCAGCUCCGCCGACCUGUUCGGAGAAGAUGGCGACCAGAAAGGGAGGACGUCCGGCUAUGACGGCGUGCUCCCCUCAGGACCAGACAUGGCUCAGUUCAAACAAGGCGUCAAAACUGUGGCGGGAAAGAUGGCUGUCCUGGCAAACGGCGUGAUGAACACCAUCCAGGAUCGCUACGGCUCCUACUGAGCGAGGACACGCCCCCCAGACCACCAACCGACCUCCUGAUUGGCACAUUCGUACUGGAGAGAAGAGCCGAGCAGCAUCAGAUCUUCCCUCGUCAGACUGAACUUUAUUUUCAUAAAUGAAACCAUCAGAGGAGAAAAAAGGCCUUUUCUAAAGUUUGGUUGUGACUUCCUGUCUCGUUGGUCUUAGAUUUUCAAAAUGCCGUGAGCUCCUUCUAGGUUUUAUUCUUCAGAACUCACAGUGUUGAUUUGGAUUCCUGCAUCAGAGGCUUAGUCGUGGCGUCCAGCCCCACAGCGCGAGCAUAAAGACCCGAGUCAUCAGGACUUCAGCGCCGUUUCCUGUUGAAUUUGACAGACUCCCGAGUUGGAUUCAGAUUGGAGCGUCACCCCCCACCCCCCAGCUGCAUGUUUCAGAAACGGUUCAUUCCAGACAUCGUUUUCCUGGAGCCUCAGUAGAGCUGAUGGCUUCCUGCUCGCCCAUCAAACGCCUCAGCAGUUUUAAAGUGAAACCAGCUCAAUUUAUAUGUCAAUAAAACUGCUGCUCCCCUUUCAGUUUAAAUCCCCGGAACCAAACUGGGUUUCAUAGAAAUGAGAAAACCCGAGUCUGAUCCAUUCAGGAACGAGUCCGAGACCCGGGUCUGGAACCUCACAGAAACUAUGAAAUGAUGCUCUGAUGGCUGCAGCCGUCCUUCAGAGAAACCCAAUCACAAUCGAGCUCCAGCAUGUUCAGACUGCCCCCUCCCCGGCAUAAGCAGGUCUGACCCCCCCACAAAGAAAGCCUCCAGCAAACAGAGCCCAAACAAUGAAAGUAUUUAUUUGUAGGCUACAAAAAUAAAUGUAUUCAGAAUUCUAA